CAAAAUAACCGACGGUUACAAGAGUGUUCUUUGGCUUCUUCUUGCUUCAACUUCUGUACUCCAAUUCCAUUUCUAUUUCCAAUUUUUCUUAACCUAACCCUCAAACAAAAUCACUUUUAUCUUCUUAAUCGAGAUCUCACACUUUAAUCUAAAUUAUUUUCUUCGCUUUUUAUUUUUUUAUUUUUUUCAUUUUCCAGUUUCAUAUUCUUCUGUCGGAGCUGCUUCUCUCUCUCUCUCUCUUUAUCCGAUCGAUGAAUACUGCUUCUUGGAUUCGAGAGCUUUGGCAUUAAAUGUUGUCCUCUAUUCCAAUUAGGCGUUGGGAUUAGUUAGCUUAGGGUUUCAAUAAAUUUAGCUUUUUUUUUUUUUUAAUUUUUAAAACUUAAUCAUUUUUAAUGGAACCUCGCGUUGGGAAUAAAUUUCGGCUUGGCCGGAAGAUCGGUAGCGGCUCGUUUGGGGAGAUCUAUUUAGGUACUAAUAUUCAAACUAAUGAAGACGUUGCGAUUAAGCUAGAAAAUGUCAAGACAAAGCAUCCUCAGUUGCUGUACGAGUCCAAGUUGUACAGAAUUCUCCAGGGAGGAACUGGAAUUCCAAAUGUUAGAUGGUUUGGGGUGGAGGGAGAUUACAAUGUUCUAGUGAUGGACCUGCUGGGACCUAGUCUUGAAGAUUUAUUUAACUUUUGUAAUAGAAAGCUGUCACUAAAGACAGUUCUCAUGCUUGCUGAUCAAAUGAUCAAUCGUGUUGAGUUUGUUCAUUCAAAAUCAUUUCUACAUAGGGAUAUCAAACCAGAUAAUUUCCUCAUGGGCUUGGGAAGGCGGGCAAACCAGGUUUACUGUAUUGAUUUUGGCUUGGCGAAAAAAUAUAGAGAUAGCUCAACCCAUCAACACAUUCCUUACAGGGAAAAUAAGAAUUUGACUGGAACUGCGAGAUAUGCUAGCAUGAAUACCCACCUUGGCAUUGAGCAAAGUCGAAGAGAUGAUUUAGAGUCUCUUGGUUAUGUCUUGAUGUACUUCCUCAGAGGAAGCCUCCCUUGGCAAGGACUUAAAGCAGGAACCAAGAAACAGAAGUAUGAGAAAAUCAGUGAAAAAAAGGUUUCUACCUCAAUUGAGGCCUUGUGUCGAGGUUAUCCAACAGAAUUUGCGUCUUACUUUCAUUACUGCCGCUCAUUAAGGUUUGAUGACAGGCCAGAUUAUGCUUACCUCAAAAGAAUAUUCCGUGACCUAUUUAUUCGUGAAGGAUUCCAGUUUGAUUAUGUGUUUGAUUGGACCAUCUUGAAAUAUCAGCAAUCACAGCUAGCUACUCGUCCAACGCGUGCCUUUGGUCCUAGUGCUGGAACUAGUUCUGGAAUGCUGCCGCCUAUGACUAAUGAUGAUAGACAGACAGGUAGAGGGGAAGAAGGGCGACCUCCUGGUCUGGUUUCAGUGGAUUCCUCAAGGAGAAGAAUGUCAGGGCCCAUUUUAAAUUCUGUAAAUAUUUCAAAGCAGAAAAAUCCAGUCACCAGUGAUUCUGCUGUUGAUAAGGAAGCUAUGUUAUCAAGUGCCAAUAUCUUGGGCCAGUCAAGUGGAUCAUCAAGGCGAGUUGCUGUUUCUAGUAGCCGAGAUGCAUUUGUUGAUUCGGAUCUUCGUACUCGUACUACCGAUGCUAGCCCUGUAGCAGCCCACAGAAUUUCAAGUGGGCAAAGAAGUUCACCAGUUGGAUCUUCAGAUCCCAAGAGAGGAGUAUCAUCUGGGAGAAAUGCUUCUCAUGUCAAGAAUUAUGAAACUACAGUCAAGGGCAUUGAGGGUUUGCAAUUAGAAAAUGAUGAGAGGGCCCAUUAUUAAUUUCUCACCUUUUCAUCUUGUAAAUGUAAAUUUGAGUUGACAGGCACCAUAAUAGUUGCUCAUGUUACUAAGGUGAGCUAUGAAGAGACGUGGUUCUGAACUCAGGAAUCUGGGCAUGUAUUGUUAACUCAUCCGCUCAUACUGAAAAAGCUGCGAAGUUGAAAGAACAUGAGCCAAACCAGGGAUUGUUCUUUCUGUAAAGCUCAGGUCUAAAGUGGCACUUAUCGUCUGGCGGGGGAAACCCCAAGUUUUGUAACCUUUUCCUGUGAGUUAUUUUUUUAUUUACCAGAUGCUUGCAGUGUAUCAAAUACCAACAAAAAAUAUAAUUUAGCCAUUGUCCUCAUGUUUUGUAUAGGAUUUCAAGUUUCUAACAUGUCUCUGGAGAUUACUGUGGCAUUAGGAGUAUUUAAGGU